CGCAAGCUUCGUGUGUGACGUCUUGUGAUAUCUAACUAUGCCCUGAUAUAGUGACGCCACAUGACCCUGUGACGUCAUAGGGUUUUCUGUAUAAGAACAAGCCGUUCUUGGCAAUAAAGAUAGUUGCCUUUCUGCUCCUGGACCGUUGUCGCUCUUCUGCGUUAGUUCAUCUGGCGACGAAGAUGGGAUCACCGUGACCUGGCCUACUGGACGCCAUCAACGAAGAUGCGGCGGCUCAACGAGGCCACGCUACUACUGGAGGCGUCGCUACCAUAGGCUAGCAAGAGAUCCGGAAUCCAAACAAGUAACACAUUUACUUCUCCUACCAAGCCAUGUCUCGGCUCGGCAGACUAGACGAGUACGACCCUAAGGUUCAGAACUUCGAAUCUUAUGUCGAGCGAUUUGAGCAUUACGUCAGGGCAAACGAGAUAGCGGAAGCGAAGAAACUGUCUGUUUUCUUGACAGUAAUUGGUGCAGAAGCAUAUGAAAUUCUCAAAAACUUGGUCGUUCCAUUGCUACCAGGAGAUAAGACCUUCGCGGAAGUAAAAGAGCUCUUGCAAAGCCACUACAACCCGAAGACGUCUGUAAUUGCAGAAAGGUGCAAAUUCAACCGCCGAGUGCAACUUGACCACGAAAGUGUCGAAGACUUCGUAGUAGAGUUGAAGCACCUAGCCCGCAAAUGUAACUUCGGGCCAUUUCUCCUGGACGCGCUACGCGACAGAUUGGUAGCUGGGAUCCGAAGUGAAGAAACGCAGAAGGCGUUGUUCACGGCUGACGCACUCACGUUUGAAAGGGCAUGUAAAAUAGCUCUUGACAGCGAAUUGGCCGCGAAACAAACAGCCGCAAUACAAGCAGGAAGCCGCGCAGAGAGCAUAAACGCAGUGAAAAUGAAGACUAACGAGCAUCAGCGCAGCGACCGUGACCAAGCGAAGGGUAAAAGCUCGGCGCGAGACAAGACCAAGAAACAAAAAUGUUACCACUGUGGCAAGACACACGCGCCAGAACAGUGCUGGUAUAAAAACUACUCGUGCAGACUAUGUUCAAAAGUUGGGCACCUUCAAAACAUGUGUCGAACGAGCAAAAGUGAGCUGAAGGCACAUGCAGUAAUGGAAUCGUCAGACGAAGAAGAGCACACUCUGUACAACUGCACAGUCGACACAUCUGUGAAGAACGGUUAUGUGGUGACUGUAAAUGUGGAGGGCCAGAAAGUGUCAAUGCAGGUGGACACGGGGGCCGCAGUGACAGUUGUACCUGAAAGUGUGUACAAAGAGAAGUUUGCGCAUGUGCAUUGUGAACCUACUCGGGUUGUUCUAAAGACUUACACAGGCGAGAAAAUGGAUGUUAUAGGGCAAUGCAAUGUAACCGCGACCUAUGACGGGCAGAGUGCAGUUUUACCAAUCGUUGUUGUGAAAAACCGCGAACGCGAGUUACCUGUAUUGCUGGGAAGAACCUGGCUUAACAAGCUUCGGCUGAAUUGGAAAUCGCUUUGCAGUGUGCGCAGCGAAGACAGAGUAGAUAAGAUUCGCGCAAAGUUUCCAAACGUGUUUUCGCAAUCGCUGGGUGCUAUCAGGAACUUCGAGGCGCGAAUUGUUUUACAACCGGGUUGUACGCCGGUGUUUUGUAAAGCACGCCCGCUUCCUUUUUCUUUGCGCGAACAAGCAGACAAACGCCUCGCUGAGCUCGAAAGCCAAGGCGUAAUCACGCCUGUGAGUAAAAGCGAUUGGGCAACUCCACUGGUUCUGGUCCCAAAGAAACAAGGCGAUCAAAUACGCCUUUGCGGUGAUUACAAGAUCACUAGUGGUAAGGAUUCGCAAGCAAAAUUACGCAAGGAGCGCGCCGGGGUGGAGACGCUGGCUGAGCAGGAAAGUGCGCAAGGUGCUUCCGAGGACAACUGCAAGAAAGUGGAAGAGAGGGCAUUUGGACACAGUGGAAAGGAUUCGCAAGCAGAAUUACGCAAGGAGCGCGCCAGGGUGAAGACGCUGGCUGAGCACGAAACUGCGCAAGGCGCUUCCGAGGACAACUGCAAGAAAGGGGAAGAGAGGGCGUUUGGCCUGAGUGGAGAGGAUUCACGUCCUGUCCGCUGA